UUGACUCUGGCGUUGUGGCCCAUCAGUGGAUGAACUCGUUGGAGCAGACGCGCAGAACUGCGACUAUGUAACACCGGCGAGUUCUCCAUUUAAUCACACAGCCAUUCGGGUGAUUCAGAUAAAACACAACAUUUGUUGGUCCGACUCUUCCUGAUAUAGAGAAAUACAGAGGGCAAGAAAGCGCAGCGUUACGGUCGCAACCAUGGAGAUCGUCACUCAUCUUAUUAACGACACCAUCGAGUUCUAUAAAUGGACGCUGACUAUCGCAGACAAGCGGGUGGAGAAAUGGCCGCUGAUGGACAACCCUCUUCCCACGCUGGCCAUCAGCACGUCCUACCUGCUGUUCCUCUGGCUCGGGCCCAAAUACAUGAAGAACCGGGAGCCCUUUCAGCUCCGCAAGACCCUCAUCGUCUACAACUUCGGCAUGGUCUUCCUCAACUUCUUCAUCUUCAAAGAGUUGUUCAUGGCAGCGCGGGCCGCGAAGUACAGCUACAUCUGUCAGUCGGUGGACUAUUCAGAUGAUCCCAACGAAGUGAGGGUCGCUGGUGCUCUGUGGUGGUACUUCAUCUCCAAAGGUAUCGAGUACUUGGACACGGUGUUCUUCAUCCUGAGGAAGAAGUUCAACCAGGUCACCUUCCUGCAUGUGUACCACCACUGCACCAUGUUCACGCUGUGGUGGAUCGGCAUCAAGUGGGUGGCUGGGGGCCAGUCCUUCUUUGGGGCCCACAUGAACGCAGCCAUCCACGUCCUGAUGUACCUGUAUUAUGGCCUGGCCUCCUGCGGCCCGAAGAUCCAGAAGUACCUGUGGUGGAAGAAGUACCUGACCAUCAUUCAGAUGAUCCAGUUCCACGUCACCAUCGGUCACACGGCCCUGUCCCUCUACGUCAACUGCGACUUCCCCCACUGGAUGCACUACUCCCUCAUCUGCUAUGCCAUCACCUUCAUCGUGCUCUUCGGCAACUUCUACUACCAGACCUACCGCCGGCAGCAGCCCCGCCGCGACGGCUCCUCCUCCUCCAAAGCGGCGAAGGCCAUCUCCAACGGUUCCCUCAACGGACUCAACAAGGCUGCCAACGGCGCUGUGGCGGCCGGAGGCAAGGAGGACAAGCCUCAGGAGAACAGCGGCCGGAGGAAGAGGAAAGGAAGAGCUAAAAGAGAUUAGACGGUGAGAUUCAGAGUUGAGAGACUUCAUUUGAGGAGGUGGAUGAGUUGAUUUAAGCCAUGAGUUCAAGUAGAUAUUUUCUAUGUUCAGAGAGGAGUCGUCAACAGUGUUGCCUGCUGUAACGUCUUCAUUUCACAACACGACAUAUUGGCUUCCUGUUGCAUUUUAAAGCCAAAUCCAUCACGUCUGGAGAACCUUUUCUAUUAUCUUGAGUUCUUUUUGGUGCUUGUGAGAGACAUGACGAAGCUUUUGAGAUAACUCCACUCCUUCCCUGUAGAAGACAGAAGCAGCUCCACUCCCAGUCUCCGGCGGAUGACUGAGCUCUGCCUGGGCUGAGAGGAGACUUUAGUUUACGUUCCUCUCUUGGACUCAGCAACACGUUAUCAGAGUAACUACGUCUCUCCAGGUCUGUUUGUGGCCUGAGCUUGAAUGUACGACACAUUUGCCGGUGUGGUGUCACAGCGAACAAACAAGCUUCGGUAUCAAUAGUCCCGCUCUUUUCCAACCUUUUGAUGUGAUGUGAUGUUGAGUUCUUUCAUCUCGGUGUAAAUAUAGAGCCCCAUGUCGCUGAAAGUGCUCGUCUGUGUUCUUAUUGUGUUGUACAUAUUACAUUGUGAUAUUUUGUACACAUUUGGGAAUGUUUGUCGGGACGGCGACACGUCCGCCAUGCCUCCUAAAAAUGUUUUUUUUAACUAUCAUGACUUUUAAUUUUCAUUAAAAAUGAAUGCUUGUUUGACACGUGUCUUUCGUUGCGUUUUCAAUGGUCCAGUGACUCAUUUAGCGAAUAUACUAUCGUGGUGUUAACACUAGAGGGCGUCACGAUGUCGCCGAUGAGUAUCACCUCCACAGCAGAAUAACAAUCUAAAUAGUUGGAUUAAAUGAAACACAUUAGCAU